CACCCAGAGUAAGCCAAUGACAAUAUGCGCUUGCUGCUCGUGCUGCUUUUCGUGGGUUCAGCCCUAGCCAAUCCAGCCCAGGAAUACCUGCCCUCACUCGAAGGUGCCAAAGUAUUCCGCGCGACGAUCGAAUCAGAAGAUAAAUUGUCCGCGAUCAUCCCUUACCGUGAGAAACAAGGAUACGAAAUCCUCAAGUAUGGUCAAGUUCGGGGUGACGAGAUUCACAUUCUUGUGACCGCUGACAACGUCGACGCUUUCGAAAGGUUUCUCCUGGAGAAUGACAUCCACUACUCAAUCGCAACCGACGACGUUCAACGAGCCGUCGACGAGGAAGCAGCACGUCAACGUAACGCCUCGGCGAUUCGUGCGAAUGGUCGCCUCUCCUUCACGGCCUACCCACGUUACGACGCCAUCGUUAAUUUUUUGAGGCAAAUAGCCUCUGACCGCAGUGACAUCGCGACUCUCCUAAGCCUUGGCUACUCGGGAGAGGGUCGGAUAAUCUACGGUUUGAAAAUUUCCUCCGGAGGAACGAACAAGCCGGCCGUCCUUGUCGAAGGCGCUCUUCACUCUCGCGAAUGGAUCACAGUUUCCAGUGUUACAUAUUUCAUCAACGAGUUCAUAGAGAAUGCCAACAACACUGACUUGUUCCAAAGUGUCGACUGGUACUUCAUCCCCGUGCUGAACCCCGAUGGUUACGAAUUCACUCACACCAGUUAUCGCCUCUGGAGAAAAACACGGAAAGUUAAUCCAGGGAGUAGCUGCCGUGGCAUCGACGGUAAUAGAAAUUUCGGUCACUACUGGAUGGAGAUUGGCGCAUCCCAAAAUCCGUGCGACGAUACAUACGCUGGACCAGAAGCCUUCUCCGAGGUAGAAACCCAAGUUCUUCGCGAUUUCGUUUUAGCCAAUGCUGACACGAUAAAGCUGUACCUAUCCUACCAUUCCUACGGCAACUAUUUCCUUUAUCCUUGGGGAUACACUACAGAUCUUCCCGACAACGAUCAAGAACUGCGUGACUUAGCCCAAGCCGCCGACGACGCGCAAGCUACCGUACGUGGAACACGUUAUACCAUCGGUUCAAUCGCCACUGCUUUAUAUUAUGCUGCUGGUGGCAGCAGCGACUGGGUGAAGGCCGGCGGUGGUGUCGAACUGUCCUACACCGUUGAAUUACAAGGUGGAGGAUUAUUCGGCUUCGAUAUCCCCGCUUCCGAGAUCAUCCCCGUGGGCCAGGAAACUUUCCUUGGUCUCCGGGCCUUCGGCGAAUACAUUGCGUCGAAAUAUGGUUCAGCGAAGUGA